UUUACGGUAACGAGUUCAUUUAUUUAAUUCGCGGUUGUAGCUCGGGGGUUUCUAUUAGACAGGACGGGGUGGGGCUGGGGGGCACAGGGUCUCCCCUGAAGGAAAUCUAAUUAGAGUGCAGCACUUAGAACCUUGAAUACAAGUUUAAUGAAGGGGAGGAGGGGAGCUGCAGGGAAGAGAAGUUUGCUCUGGGCUGGGGAAGGAAAGCUGGAGCUGCUCCCGAGAACUGGGGGGUCUGGAUGACGCUUUUUCCUGCUUCGGGGGCUUUCCACCUUCCGGCCCCGGAACUACUACUUGGAGUACGGAUCGCGUGCAGGGAAGGCGGGGCAGUUUCUCGGCUAGCGGCUGCCUGGCAGGGUCCCCGAAGCUCUCGCCAGCCGGAGUAAAACCCAAAAGAUGGAGCCUCAGGUUCGCGCUCUGCGUUGCGGGUGCCGGAACCGAGAUUCCAAAAGAGCUUCCGGAGAUUCCAUACAAGUAAAUCCGAAAAAAAAGUAGGGGGUCCACGCGAAUUGUUAUGGCGAGGAAGAUAAAUAUAUUACUAACAAAGACAUGGACAGAAGGCGGAUGGCGCUGCGGCCUGGCUCCCGGAGCCCGACCGCCUUCUUCCAUUCGAUCGCCGUACCGAACCUCCUUGCCUUCUUCCUGGGUCUCUUGGGGGCUGGACCAAUACAUCUGCCGAUGCCCUGGCCGAAUGGCAGGCGACAUCACGUCCUGGAGCCGACACGCAGCCCAGUAAGUACCCAGGAGGCCCCAGGCUGCGGGAAGCCGGUAGCUCCGCGGGAGAUGGAAGACUGUCCGCAAGUUCUCCUGGAGUGGUGAGCCUCUGCC